AUGGAUACUGUCUCGCGUAGAAGACGUGUGGCAGGGGGUAGCGAUUCGGAGGCAACGGCGGCCGCCCGUGAAAGUGAGUUUACAGCAGCCUUGGGCCAAGCUGGAAGCGAUGGGUUGGAAGCAGUGGGUUUCCAAGGAGGAGAUGCCUCCCCAGGAACGUUAGAGUCUGGAGGAGCUCCGGGCUUGACGGGCACUGGACCCCUUCCGGUGGCAAACCCUUUCCAUUCGGAAAGGGUAAGAACAGAAGUGGAACUUAUUCGUCAUCGCCCAGCGACUCUGGACGAGGAUGGAUCCCGAAUAAGGUUUGAAGGAAACGAAGAGGAACUGGGAGAUACGACCUGGACUGGAGGCCACGGCGAGCCAGACUACGGAGCACAGGUGCGCGGAGCAGAGGAGCAACCGCGAGUUGCCCGUGUCGAGGCUGUUCCAGCUGGGUCAUUACCUCAGGAGUUUGGCAUAGGGUUGGAGACGAGAGUGACCGGCCCUGAGGAAGCUGAAGAAGGUGCAGGAGGUUUGGCACCUGGCUUUCAGAAAACAGCAGUGAGACAAGCGGUUCGGACGGAGCCUGAAUUGGCUAUGUCAGAAGACACAAGGGAAUUGAUCCCGGCGUUAGCCGACCCCGGUGAUCGUCUGGCCCGAGUUGAGAGGAUGCUGGGGCAAAUGAUACAGGAGAACCAAGCCCUUCGUCAACAGAUCAAAUCGGAGUCCCAGUCGAGCUUCCACAGUGCAAGGACGCCGGGCGACUUCCCUUCCUCGCCAGUCUCUUUUGGCUAUGGGCCCCACUACUCUGCUAAGGGUAUCACUGAGGCGCUAGUGGCAGAGGCAACAAAGCUCCUGAAGGGCGUUAUCUUGCCAGCUAAUUACCUUGUUGAGAUGGGUUACGCGAUUUCUUGGAGGUGUGCCGCAACCGAGAUUGUUGCCAUUCGGAAUCCGUAUUCAUGCGCGAAAGCGAGCUCGAUCUGGGUACGUGGUCAUCUGGUGCUGGUGGAGGAUGAUGGGGCUGAGCUGUUGACGGACUGGUUGGAGUCAUGUCUCUGCGAAGGGGACUUGAGGAUUCCAAAUGAAGGAAUCCUGAAAUCCCUGCAGGUGGAUGUGCCGUUGAACUCUGAAGCGGCCCAAGAAGAGGUGACUAGUCUAGAAACCGUAAACCAAGCAGUAGACCGGGUCCAGGCCCACGAGGUGGCCAUCACAUUUGCCGCUAGGCAUCCUGAGUGGCGAGGAGUGACCAUCGAUGUUAAAUCUGCCUUUCUUUAUGCCCCUAUUCGAAGCGACACUAAGGGCACCGAGGAGCGAAUCGUAGUGAAACCACCGUUUCUCCUGGUUGAACUAGGUUUGUUAAACAAGGAGGAUCGAUGGUGGAUCAGGAAGGCGCUUUACGGGUUGCCUACCUCCCCUAGAGAUUGGGGACGGUACAGAGACGAGGAGUUUAAAAAGGUAAGGAUGACCUGGCAAGCCCGGGAAUUUCAGCUCAUUCAAACAAAGUCAGACGAUGCAUUGUGGUUGUUAAGAGCCGUGGAUGAUGGGGUAAUGGGCCCCGUCGAAGGGGUUCUCAUUGUGUAUGUGGAUGAUCUAGCGGUCUUCGCUCCAAAGGGCCUUGCGGAAGAGUUCAUCAAGGCUAUCCAAUCGAGGUGGAAGACGUCCAGCCCCGAAUGGUUGGGGGAAAAGGCUGUUACCUUCUGCGGGGUGGAGUUGGCGCGCUUUUCUACUGGAUACAGGAUGAGCCAGUGUGCCUACAUUCGGGAGUUGCUCAACCGCUAUAAUGUGGAGGAGCGAGCUUCGGUACCUAUCCUGAAAUGGGUUGAACCUGAGCCUGAAGAUCACCCGAACCUUGACGAAGUGAGGGAAGCUCAGGGCCUGACGGGGGCUUUACUGUGGGUCUCGACUCGGACGCGUCCAGACCUUGCCUACCUUGUUUCUCGGUGCGGACAGCAGGCAACGAAGGCCCCUCGAUGGUCCAUUUCUUUCGGGAAGCAGGCUUUGGCGUAUCUAAGGGAUACAUUGGAGUGGGGCAUUGAUGUACCUUUUCUAGUGGGGAAUCCUUUUGCUGAGCAUGGCCUGUUGGCGCUUCCGCGUUCGGAAGGUGUGCUUGAGCUCUAUACGGAUGCAUCGCAUAGCCCCGGGGGAGAUAGAUCCAUGCAGUCAGUUUUCGUCGUGUGGUGCGGAGUCCCCAUCGCGUGGGAGGCUAUUCAGCCGUUGGUGGAUGAGCUGACUGAGCAGGAUACGGUUAUCUCUCUUUUAGCAGACAACGAAGCUGCGAUUAGAGCUUUUGACUCCACUUCGAGUGGAUGGAGGAACCGCUUGGCCGUGUUGGCUGUACUGCCACAAGUGAAGGCGCAACCUGUAGGUUUUGGGCGAGGGAACUAUGCAGCCUCCAGGGCUAUCGUUUCCGGUGGUGUGUUGGAGCCGCCGGUGUUUCAGCAGAGGGACCCGAGUGUUCCAAGUUCCAGUAGCCAUGUCCCGGAGGAUCUGAGUGACGAGGGCGAAGUGGAGGAAGGGAAUGGAUUGGAAGUCGUUUUGGGUGUUCCGGGUUUGCAGUACGAGGCGGAAGAAGGUUGUUUGGUAGUGGUCUACGGUGAUGACCGGUUGAGGGUUCCUUUAGAGGGAUGGUCGACUGAGGCCGUUCAGACUGUUGUCCAAGGGCUAGAAACCGGAUUGUGGCCAGAUUGGGGUGAAGCCUUGAGGGAUUUGGGCAUUGGAGCCGAGCUGGGACCUGGGCGUCCCACUGAUAGGGUGACUCCGAGCAGCUUUGCAGGUGGCCAGGUUCGCUCAGAUUCCGGGGUUGCACUCGCGCAUUGGGAAGAGGCUAAGAAAGUAUUCUGUAUCGGGGUGUUUUCCAUGGAAAGCCUUUUCACCCAAGCCUUGGAGGUUACAAUAGAGGUCCACUACAAGAUAGGCCGACAGCUAGACUCCGUCCCGGCCACGAUCGAUGUGCUGCCCGCUAUUGCUGAGGAAGUCCGGGGGCAGGAGGGAAGGGGCUUUCUGACUGCUUUGGCUCCUGCCAACUAA